CGUAGAUUCACGGCACUCCUGAGCAGCAGCAUGAUGCCAUGGCUGUCAUGAGCACCUCCGAGGUGCAGGGCUUGAGCCUUCAUCUGGAGCUGAUCCAGCCACAGGAGGAAGACUUAGCUUUGAGCUCCGUUCGAGAAUUUGCGCCACCAGCAAAGCAGCCAAGGCCGCCAUAUGUGUUCAGCCAGAAGAAGGGUGGACAGAGCGACAUCGUCGACCCUGCGGAGCCUGUCGCAGCUGCUCCAGGCACAGGAUCUCAAGCGUGGGAGGCUUGCGACUCGCCCAGCAACCUGUCCCGAUAUGCUGACAAGGGGCAAGGCCUGUCCCUCGCACAGCGCUUGCGGCAGCUGGACCUUUCUGAUGAGGAGGAGGAGCAUGAAGACGGCGCUUUUGAUCGACGGAAAUCGCUGCUGAGCGAGAGCGAGGAGCCGCCUGAAGCCGAAACUCCAAGCAUUGUGGUGGAGGCUUGCCAGGAGUUUGUUCAGGAGGCUGACAGUGACACUGAAUAACGACCGGUGCUGAGCAGUAGGCUCAUGAACCGACCGCUUUUUCUUUUUCUGCUGGAGCUGUCGCUGUGCGGUCCACAUGCAUGUCUUUUUGGUGCCUAAAGGGCUCCAUCCAUCGAAGCAAGUCCAUGCAAUGUCCUGAUGGACUGCAUGGCAUUAGAUCGCUAGCCUGCAUGACACAAGUGUGUUGGUUUGACACCUAUUGAUGCAAGUGCCG